AUGAAUCCUUUCUUCAAGGAAUAUUUUCUACAAGCCGAUGUCCUGUGCCUCACAAAUUUUAAAAAUUACAUUAUUGCAGGAAAACGAUUAGCUUUAGUCGAAUGGGAAAAAUCUGAAAACAAAGUAAGUUGCAUUUCUCAGAUACAAUGUUCAGAUUGGAUUGAAGAUGUUGUUUUGCUUAAAAAUAAUUUAAUUGGUCUAGUAACUGCUCAUAAUUCAUUCGAAACUUGGAACUUAAUUCAAAAAGAAAAGAAAAAUAUUUUCCACUUCAGUGAAAGAUGUAUUUUAUAUAGUUGCAAAAUAGUUAAAUGUUCUUUAAGCGAAGCCAUUAUUUUUGCUGGAACUGUAUUCGGAGAAAUUUUAAUAUGGUCUCCAUUUUUAAAUGAAGACAAAAACUUAUUACAUAGAUUGAAAGGACACAAUGGUGCUGUAUUUUCAAUAGAAGUUAACAUUUCAAAAAAAAUUUUGGCCACAACAUCAGAUGAUAGAAGUUUAAGAAUAUGGACCAUUAAUACACAAGAUUCGCUGAGUUGUUUGAACCAAUGGAAGAAUAUUAAAAUUGAAAUUCUUCAUGUAUUAUAUUGUCAUACAGCCAGAGUAUGGAGAAGUUUAAUUAUAGAUGAAUUUUUUAUAUCUGCUGGGGAAGAUUCUCAAUUAAUUAUUUGGAGAAAAGAUGGAACUUUAUUAAAAUCUUUAUCUUUACAUCAAGAUGGUGGAAUUCGAGGUUUACACUUUUUAAAUAGCUCAAAUUUAAUUGCGACAGGGGGAGAAGAUGGAGGGAUUAAUACAGUCAGUUGGCACUAUUUGAUUUCUGAAUCUAACUUGUACCAUCCGAAAAAAAUAAUUAAACCAGACAAGAAUUUUUCAAACAGAGUUUGCUUUAUUAAAAAUGGAUUUGUUUUUACAACUAGCGGUUGUUGCACUAUAAUAUACGAUAAUGACAAUCAAACAGAUUUUGUAUAUAAAAAUGAAAAUUUUGCAUAUUACUGUUUAUUAGAAGUUUCAUAUGAGGGAAACUACAUUGUAUUAGGUUCCAUUAAAGGACACAUGGUUGUUAUUGAUUUGGAAACUCAAAGUGAUAUUAUUGAUAAAAAAUACUUUAAUGGUAGAAUAUACUCUAUUCACUGUAUUGAAAAUCAUAUUCUCGCUUGUGGACCAGAUGGAAAACUAGUUCUUUGGAAAUAUGUAAAUAAAUCUUUAAUUUCUGUGAAAGAAUUACUGCUUCCUGCUUGCAAAGAAAGAUGGACUACUUGUGCUUUACUUCUCGACCAGAAUUUAGUAAUUGGUGACAGAAUGGGCAACAUUAAUGUAUAUAACUUACAAGGUGACUGCAAUCCAAUCUUUUGCUUUAAAAAAAUUCAUAGUUACUUAGGUGUUACAGAUAUGAUGAUUGAAGGGAAAACUGUAUUUAGUAUUGGAAGAGAUGGUGUGCUUAAAUCUUUUAGCAGCAACUUUGUUCACCUAAGCACUAAUAAACUUCCCAUUGAAUGGCCUUGGAAGAUGAUUAAAUACAAGAACGAUAAGUUAAUUUUAGGUUUUCAAGGAGUGAAUUUUGUUGUAUGGAGUUACAACUACAGAGAAAUUAUAGCUAGCUUAGAUUGCAGUGGUGGCCACAGGUCUUGUCACUUCAAAUUAAAUAAUGACACUUUAAAAUUUAUAUACAUAAAAGAAAACAAAAUUUUUGAAAAGGAUUUAAUUUUGAAUGCAAUAAAAAGAUUGAGAAGUGGUUUUCAUAGUAAAAAUAUAAAUACAUUAAAAAUAUUGGAUACCGAUCAAAAAAUAAUCGUAAGUGGAAGCGAAGACACAACAAUGCGAAUCAGUUUAAUUUUUGGCCAAGAAUUAAAAGUUCUCAAAGUGUUCAAAACUCACGUAUCGAGCAUUAGAGCCAUAGAAGAAAGUUUAUACGACGUAAAUAAUUUUAUAAUUUUUUCGGCUGGAGGAAAGGGACAAAUUAUUAUUUGGAAAUUCGACAUCAAAUCAUUGGAAUGCGAACAGAUAAUUAAUCAUAAAUUGGAGGAAAGAGACAGGCACUGGAAGAAUUCUGAACCCGUUGCUGAACCCGACACCCGAUUCAUGUGCAUUAACGUAUUAAAGACCAAAGACGAAUAUUUGAUUGCUGCAGGAUGUUCUGAUUGUCAAAUAAGAAUUUUUUCAUUCAAAAAAGAAUUAACUUUAUUGUGUUCGGUCAAUUGUUCUUAUUGCAUUUUAAAAAUCACAAUAUUAAAAGUUUUAUCCAAACUCUACGUCGUUUGCAUGCUCACGGAUGGAAACAUGAUUUUUUGGCAUUUGACGGAUAAUUUUACAUUAGGUAAAUUAAACAGUUUUCGACUUCAUCAGUCGGGAAUUAAUUGCUUCGCUUUCACCGAAAUCGAAGUCGGAAAAUAUUUUGUAAUAACAGGAGGAGACGAUAAUAAAAUUUGUGCUUCCGAAGUACAAAUAAACGAAAAUAAAAUACAAUUGAAAGAAUUAUGGAAUAAUAGUAACGUACAUUCGUGUCAAAUCACCGGUGCAAAAAUUUUAAAGAAUAUAUUAAUAACGGCAUCAAUUGAUCAGAGAAUAACAUUGUGGAAAUGGUCAUUAUUAAAUAACGAAUAUAAAAUGGAAUAUUUAAAUCAACAUAUGACAUCAAUUUCUGACGUUCAAGGAAUCGAUGCGAAAAUAAAAACUAAAGUCUGCGAACCGUUGAAAUUUAUGUUAAUUUAA